AUGUUACUACUGACAUUCCUCACCACAACACUCUUCGUCAUUCUGUUUGCUGACGCGGCCUUUUCAGAGCCAACCUCUCCCAACGACCAGUUCAGGGCCAUUGCUUUGCAUGUUACUCGCCCGACGGAACCUCCCGUAUGCUGCCUCAAACCAUUGUCGCCUAUUGAACCUGUCGACGACGAGAUAUUGCUGUCAUUCGAGGAUUGGAAAGCUAAGCAGACCGCUAUGCAGCAGGCACAACUGAACGCUAGGGAAAGAGAGAAGGACACCACAAACCGCUCGGGGAAUGGAGUUGGCGGCGCGAACAACGGAGGAGCUGGUACGAGCGAUGGAACCGAAGGUCUCGUAUCCAAGAUGGACAGCACUCCAUCGAAUUCUGGUUCAUCGUCGACCUCGGAAGAUUCAGCUCAGAACCCGAUGACAGAACCUCUUUCUCCUCACUUUCAGGUACCGUUGACCGAUCGCUUCAAUUAUGCCAGUUUGGACUGCUCCGCCCGAGUUCACAUGGCGCAUCGUUCUGCUAAAUCUGCCUCCUCAAUUUUGUCCUCCAAACGCGACAGGUACAUGCUCAGUCCUUGCAAGUCGUCAAAGCAAGAGAAACAAUUUGUAGUGGUGGAACUUUGCGAUGAUGUCAGAAUCGAUACCGUUCAAUUGGCCAACUUUGAGUUUUUUAGUGGGGUGUUUAAAGAUUUCAAUGUCAGCGUGGCCAAGACAUGGAGCACAGGAGUGGACGGCUGGACUCUUGCUGGUUCUUACAAGGCGAAAAAUGUUCGUGGCGUACAGUCAUUUCACCCCCCGACAUUCUUACGUGACUUUUACCGCUACAUACGCAUCGACUUUUUAACUCACUACGGCAACGAAUAUUAUUGCCCAGUCUCUCUACUCCGAGUCUACGGCCUCACUCAUCUCGAGCAGUGGAAGUGGGACAUCUGGGAGGCCGAAAGCAGAGCCAAGCAAGCAGAGCUCGAGAAAGCUGCACCUCCACAUCCUGCUGCUCACCGGGAGGUAGUGGCAGAGGCCACCUUGCCAGCACACAUCACUGUAUCCGACAUAUCAACCUCUGUCAUAAGCAGCAGCGAACGCUCCGUUGACGGUGUGGCUUCCAGUCCACCCCUUGCAGCCGAUACCAAAGCCCACACCCAAAGCAACAAUCUGUUACCAUCUCACGGGGAACCGUCUUCUCGUCUUCCACCGUCCACAAUUCCCAAGACACCUAGCGCAAACAGCAUAUCACCCAGCAUCACGGACACUCAAAAUGAACCGUUCACUUCUGCAUCCAAUCACGAUCACCAGCCUUCCCAUAUACCGCACGACAUUUACCCGCAAUAUAGUGACGCAUUUGUACCAUCACCAUCAGCUUCAUCUAAGGACACUUCGAAGUCAUCGUCCAUAAUUUUUGACCAAUCAAAAUCUCCCUCCGUAUCAUCGACAACAGCUCCAAUACCAAAUAACCAUAUUGUCAACCCCGACGUUCAACCACCGCCGAACAUCAAGAACCCCGCCCCUUCACCACACCAAGGAACAGGAAAUGGCAACCCCUCCAGUAUCACCCCCGGUUCGCCCACCACAAUCAUUGUUCCCCCACCUCCACAUCCCACGGUCGCAGCUGGAGGCGGGGGUGAGUCAAUCUACCGCACCAUCAUGAACAGGUUAACUGCGCUCGAAGCUAAUCAUACUCUCUAUACGCGGUAUAUUGAACAGCAAAAUAGUGCUAUUAGGGACGUGAUCAAAAGACUUAGCGAAGAUGUGGGACGUUUGGAGGGGAAUGGACGAGCCCAGGCGCUGAUGUAUCAGCGCAGUAUCCAGAACUCGGAACGGCAAGGGAGACAAUUACAGAUGGAUUAUGGGCAGCUCAUGGCCCAAAUUGAACAUCUUUCCGAGGAGAUUAUUCUCGAAAAGCGCCUUGGCGUAGCCCAACUUUGUCUCUUGCUGGCAGUCCUCAUAUUCAUGGGUCUUACCCGUGGCUCACGUGGAGAACCUCCUUUUAUGGAGGCCGCUGCCCCUGCGAGAAUUAACAAAUCUAUGCGGGAGUGGGGUAGAAGACACCUCAGCUUUAGUGGUGACUGGACGAAUCGAUUCAAGCGCAAGAACAGCGGUGUAGAUGCCAGUCGAAGCAGAAGUCCCCCCAGGCUAGUCAGACCACAUCCUCAAACAGCGAAAUCACAUCCUCCUGCGUCCUUGAAGUCGCCUCUCCCCGCCGAUGUGCGCAGCCGAACUAAGCCCACACCCUCCACAGCGCCUCUGGCACGCUCCCGCACGCCAUCUUUCAGAACAGCGACUGCCCGUCUCCGUCAUCCUGCCACCCCCACACGAGCCGUCCAAUCGGCCAUCCAGCGCUCGAACUCACAUGGUGCUGGUUCACUAUGGACAGGGAACGUACCCAAGAGCGCGAAGAAGUGGGCGAGGACGGCGCAUUUACAUGAGGUCAGGUCUGCGGGCCGGGUGAGGGAGAGGGUGCUCUCAGCCGGGGGGAGGGAGAACAGGGAGAAUGAGGACGUUUUCCUAUCUCCACCGCCCCCACACCUCCCUGCAGUGCCGACUGGUCCGAUACUGUUGAGGAGUCGGAUGUGGGGCAAAGGGAAGGAAAUGGAUAAGGGGGGAGUGGUGCCAACUUCGUUGGACUUGGACGACAUACUAGACCAGGACGGCGAUUCGUGGGUGGAUACAGAUAGUGUGGAUGAUGGACUUGAAAUGGAUCAGACAAUCCAGGUGCCAAACUUGACAUGA